AUGGCAAGUAAUUUACCAGAAUCAGAUCUUUAUAUAGAUUACAAGGCUUUUUUAUCGAAUAAUUUUGAUCCUAAAGAGUAUGCAAAUUCUACUGUAAACUCCACCUCGGACGGUGAAAGCGAUAUAACAAUAUCACUUGCAAAAUUGUCGUUUAGUAUUGAUAAUUUAAAUAAACAAUUACAUGAUCAGGUUGUUACCCAUUUCGAGGAUUUAAUUUUGCAAGCAGCUGGAAUAAGAGAUUUGGAAAUUGUAUUAAAUUCUGUUAAAGAAGGAAUUAAAUCUCUUAAUACAUCUUUGGAUAGGCUUAAGACAAAAAUAUAUACACCUUAUUCACAAAUAAAGAAUUACAUUAUACAAUUAGAAAGGUUACAAAUUGCUUCAGAUUUAUUACGAAAAGUUGUUCGAUUCUUUUAUCUAGCAAGAUGUUUAGAAACUGCUUCAAAUAUUAGUGAAUUGGAGGCUCUUUUAAAAGAAGUUGAUUUUGAAGGAAUUGAUCUUGUUCAAGCUCAACUUCCUAAAAUUCGGCAAUCAAAGACAAAGAUUUCGAACGAAGCACAUCGUUUGUUAACCGAAGGGAUAGACAAACAGAAAGAAGUAGACAUUGCUCUUG